UCACUGAAUUUCGUUCUUGUACAAGCAACACUACGCAAUGGUUGUAUUUGGACUCACAUGAAUUGUUAUAAUUUCACUUGAAUUGAAAAGAGAAGUUUUUACCAUUAUUUGGCCAUUGCUCAGGCUCAUCUUCGGCAAUAUGCCUUAAGUGAACCAACACUUUCUUUUAUAGAAAUGAGACUUCGGGCCUGAUCUUCUUCUAUGGCACACGAUUGUUAUCAAGGUCAAACAAUAAUAAAAUGAAGUUUUCCAAAGGAUCGAAGAAGAAUGAAAGACAUUUCAGUUAUGCUGAUUCAUUAAGUGGAACUAAAGUAAAGUUACCAAAGGCUUUCAUCUCCUCCUUUGUUCGUUUCGUCUGGUCGCUCCUUGUUAUUACUGCCUGCGUAUAUUUGUGGAUACUCAUCGAGAGUUUAAGUCUUUCCCAUAAGAAUCAUAUGACAACACGAGACAAAAUGUUAUUCCUUGAGAGUAGGAAAUCUAACACCACACUCUCAAGGACAACUUUACAAACUGGUCUGAACCAUACAGAUUCAUUCAGCACAAACAAGAGGUUCCUCGCGUAUCAGCAGCCCUACGCAGCCCCAAUUAAAGACUUGGAAAAGGGCAAGAUGAUGAAUGGAUCAUUCCUGGGGUUGUAUCUUUACGAACCCGUAGAUGAGCACAAAUACAAGUUCAUUCACAAUCCUUCUCUGUUCUGCAGAAUGAAGAACUCGAAGCCGAAAUCAAUAUUUUUGCUGAUCAUGAUUCCGACCGCACCAAUGAACAUCGAACAGCGAAAUGUUCUCCGCCGAGUUUAUGGAGCAGAAAAUGCAUGGCCACGAUUGAGUAAAGGGACAAUUGAGACGGUGUUCUUACUUGGAAAGCCAAUCGAUGCGACGCUUCAGGGUGAUAUCAACAAGGAGGCUGCGAUGUACGGUGACAUCGUUCAGGAGGACUUCGUUGACUCCUACGAGAACCUUACGAUAAAGACAGUCAUGGGCCUGAAGUGGGUGUCCAACUAUUGCCGACACGCAAGGUACGUCAUGAAAAACGACGACGAUUCCGUCAUCAUCCAGUUCAGGUUCUUCAUGGCUUUCAUAAACUCACCAUCGUCGAACUGGGCUGCCGGAUUGGCUCUCUUCAACUCACCGGUGGCACGCAACACCAGCGAUAAGUUCUUCCUCUCGAAAGACUUCUACCGGUCCCCGACGUACCCUCCAUAUCUUAAUGGCCCUGGAUACAUCCUAUCGACCGAUCUUGUGGAACGUACCUACCAAGUGGCCCUCACCACCCCCAUCUUUCCUUGGGAGGAUGUCUUCAUUGGAAUGUGUCUUCAGAAACUUGGCGUAGUGCCGCAAAAUGUUGAUAGUUUUUUGAUGAUCGCCCCCAAGUACUGGGCUGCUGAUUUCAAGACGGACUGGUGGAAACCACUUUGGGUGAAGAAAUAUUCAUUGAUUAGUAACGUAGAACCCGAAUACAUAUCGGCGAUUUGGGACGCUGGUCGACUUCAUAAAGAAUGAGAAAAAAAAUCUGCAUUGAAAUAACAGAGACCGGAUGCAUACAACGUAAGCAAAAGUGUAAAAUCGAUGUUUAUCUUAACUGAUAAUAAUAAAUCAUUAUCUGGAUGUUAGGAAAAUACAUGUAGCUAAUAAUAAUAAUAAUAAUAAUAAUAACAAUGAUAAUAAUA